AUGAAAAUUGUUCCUACAAAGAAAUUAGGUGAUAAUUUGGUCAAGAAGAGAGAAGGAGAUCUCUGGAAUCUGAAACCAGUGAGAAUCAUCAUCGUCAUCACUAUGCUCGCCAUGAGAACUGGAACUACGGAAGCUUCAAUGGCCAAAUCAAACCCUAACCCAGAAGUAAAAGGAAAACCAAAGGUCUCUCUCUACGAACAAUGCAGAGAAGAGAGGAUCAAGGAGAAUCUUCAGAGGAUGCAAAACCUCGGCAUCUUAAAUCUCGCCCGAAAACUCAAAUCGGAGACCCGACCCGUCAAAAGACCUUACGGUAACUCCAAUCCGGGUCAGAAAUCGACUCCUCCGACUCAGCCUUCCCGGCGAUCUUCUCGGUUGGAGAAUACAACUCCUGUUGUCUACACUGAUGGCGUCUAUAAGAAGGGCAACAAAUCUAAGAGAGAGUGUGUGAUGAUUGGUGAAGGCUCAAGGCUCGAGGUUUACACAGAGGAACACGAGAAGCUGCUUGGGAACACAGAACGGAGCUGGACCUUGUUUGUUGAUGGCUACGACAAGGAUGGAAAACGGAUUUAUGAUCCGGUCAAUGGCAAAACUUGUCACCAAUGCAGGCAGAAAACGCUUGGUCAUCGCACACAGUGCAGUGAAUGUGACAUGGUCCAAGGACAAUUCUGUGGAGAUUGUUUGUUCAUGAGAUAUGGUGAACAUGUGCUCGAAGCUCUGGAGAAUCCGAACUGGACUUGCCCCGUUUGUCGCGGGAUUUGCAACUGCAGUUUGUGCAGGAAUCAUAAAGGAUGGGUUCCUACUGGUCCGGUCUACAGAAGGAUUGCUAAACUCGGGUACAAGUCUGUUGCGCAUUACCUGAUUCAAACUAAACGCGCGGAAACCGCUGAUGAAGAUGAUGAUGAUGCCACCCCGAACCAAGCUUCUGCAAAGAGAUCACUUUCGUUUCAAGAAGCUAAACCACUUCCUCAGAUUGCUGCUGCUGAUGAUCUCUCUGAGCAAGUACCAAAGGUUCAGAAUAUGGAAAUGAAGAAUGGCGAUUCAUUGAUGAAAGAGGAAGAUGAAAACACAAAGGAGGCUCCGAACUCAGCGAAAAGGUCACUUAGCUUCUUCUUGCCUUCUGUGGAUGAUCAUCAAACUUUAUUUGUUGAUGAUCAUCAAACUUUAUUUGUUGACGAUCAUGGCAUUGGUUAUCUCGAGCCGCCAAAACAGGAUAAACAAGAACACUCAUGUGCUCACAUUGGUGAUGAUCCGGUUCAAGAAACGACGGUCCAAAACUCGGAUUUGGUUACAAGACCAGAUAGUAUCUUGCUUCCUGGGGAAAACCAGUCUCUUGAGGAUGAUCAAACUCCAUGGGUUGAUGUUCAGGUCUUGAGUGAUCUUGAGCUGACAAAGCAGGAUAAACAAGAACAUGAUGAUCUUCCAAUAGUUCAAGAAAGGACAGAACAUAUCUCGAAUGGUUACUUCCUUAAUGGGGAAAGCCAGACUCUUCUUGGGGUCGAUGUUCAGGUCCUCAGCGAUGAGACAGAGACCAGUGGUAACUCAGGGAAUACUCAAGAAACGAAAAGUAAGAGGAAAGCAUCUCUCGAACCCAUUGACUCAGGGAGUACUCAAGAGAAAAGGAAUAAGAGCAAGAGCAUGAGGAGAGACAAUGGCUCCGAUUCACCAAUCGAUGUCAGAAGAAAAGCUUCGAUGCUUCGGAAACUGUACGAGGAUAAGCUCAGGGAAGCUCUCGAAGAAGCGUCCGAGAACGGGUCGCUCUUCAAAUCCCAAGACAUGGAGAAAGAGAAUCAGGAAGACGAGAGCUUGGGCCGGUCUAGAUCCCUGGCUAGGCUCCACGCGCAACGCGAGUUCCUGCGCGCGACCGCUUUAGCCGCGGAACGCGAUUUCGAGUCCGAAGACGCCAUUCCUCAGCUCCUCGAAGCUUUCAACAAGUUCCUCACAAUGUACCCAAAGUACGAGACUUCCGAGAAAAUCGAUCAGCUGAGAUCUGAUGAGUAUGCUCACUUGUCAGAUUCCAAGACUCUGCACUAUUGGGACUCUUGUACGUUUAGCGUCUCUGAGAUCACUGCGAAUUUGAGUAACCAUGCGCUUUACGGCGGAGCUGAGAGUGGAACCGUGGAACACGAUCUCAAGACGAGGAUAAUGAAUUAUCUCAACAUCCCUGAGAGUGAGUACGGUCUUGUUUUCACCGAGAGCAGAGGCUCUGCGUUUAGGCUGCUUGCGGAUUCUUACCCUUUCCACACGAACAAGCGGCUCUUGACGAUGUUCGACCACGAGAGCCAGUCUGUGAACUGGAUGGCUCAGACCGCGAGGGAGAGAGGGGCUAAAGCUUACAACGCGUGGUUCAAGUGGCCGAGCUUGAAGCUGUGUUCGACUGAUUUGAAGAAGCGUUUGUCUCACAAGAAGAGGAAGAAGAAAGAUUCAGCUGUUGGGCUGUUUGUGUUCCCUGCGCAGUCUCGAGUCACGGGCUCGAAGUACUCUUACCAGUGGAUGGCUCUGGCUCAGCAGAACAACUGGCAUGUGUUGCUUGAUGCUGGCUCUUUAGGUCCCAAAGACAUGGACUCUCUCGGGCUAUCGUUGUUUCGACCAGAGUUUAUCGUCACCUCGUUCUACAAAGUGUUUGGUCAUGAUCCCACGGGUUUUGGCUGUUUGUUGAUCAAGAAGUCUGUGAUGGGUAAUCUUCAGAGUCAGUCUGGGAAAACAGGAUCAGGGAUGGUGAAGAUCACGCCUCAGUAUCCGUUAUAUCUCAGCGAUUCGAUUGAUGGCUUGGACGGAUUGGUUGGUCUUGAAGAUGGUACGAAUGGUUAUAAGGCUGAAGCCACCUCGGAAACUGCUCGGAAAGGAGCUCAGAUGCCGGUUUUCUCCGGUGCAUACACAUCAGCUCAAGUGAGAGAUGUGUUUGAAGCAGAGCUCUUGGAAGAUAACAUCUCUGACAGAGACGGGACUAGUAGUACCAUAUUCGAAGAAAACGAGAGCGUUUCGGUCGGAGAACUGAUGAAAAGCCCUGCUUUUAGUGAAGAUGAGUCGUCUGAUAACUCGUUCUGGAUCGAUUUGGGUCAGAGUCCUCUCGGUUCCGACCGUGCGGGUCACAAGGCGUCUCCGUUGCCGCCGUUUUGGUUCACCAGCAAACGGCAGUCGCCGAAACCGUUAGCAAAGAGUCCUAUGUAUGAUGGUAAAGAUGUCCUCUCGUUUGAUGCUGCGGUUAUGUCAGUUAGUAGUACUCAGGAGACAAACUCAACGCCGUCACGGAGGAGCUCUAAUAAUAAUCUCCAAAUGCAAGAGAUACAGGAAGAAAACAACUUUGUGUAUCGAGCAGGGUCUGGUUUCGGAUCGAAUGGCUCGAGCUCCAAGGUUUCCUCGGAUAUGAGAGAGAACGCGAUUAGAAGAGAGACUGAAGGAGAGUUUAGGUUAUUGGGAAGAAGAGGUGCUGGUGGGAGGCUUCUUGGUGUUGAAGAUGAACAACCGAGCAGAGGAACACGCGUUUCGUUUAACAUGGACAGAGUGAGUCAUAGUCUUGACCAAGACCAGGGUGAAGCUUCUCUGGCCUGUGUCUAUGACGAAAGCGAUGGCGAGAACCAGAAUGAGGAAGAUUGGGACAGAAGGGAACCGGAGAUUGUUUGCAGCCAUAUCGAUCAUGUGAAUAUGUUAGGCCUUAGUAAAACCACAAGUAGACUCAGGUUUCUGAUUAACUGGCUUGUGAUCUCUUUGCUGCAACUGAAAGUGCCUGAACCAGGCGGCGACGGUGGUAGCAGCAGAGCGAUGAAUCUUGUGCAGAUAUAUGGUCCCAAGAUAAAGUACGAGAGAGGAGCAGCGGUUGCUUUCAAUGUGAAAGACAAAAGCAGAGGCUUUGUGAGUCCAGAGGUUGUUCUGAAACUCGCUGAGAGAGAAGGUGUGUCUCUUGGUAUUGGUAUCUUGAGUCACAUAAAGAUAAUGGAUAUCCCAAGGAAUCAUCGUGGAGGCAGCGCUAGGAUUAAAGAAGACAGCUCUUUGCAUCUGCAGAGGGAAGCUGGUAACAAGCGAGGCGGGAGAAACGGGUUUGUGAGAUUUGAGGUUGUCACAGCUUCUCUCAGCUUUCUGACAAACUUUGAAGAUGUUUAUAAGCUUUGGGCUUUUGUAGCAAAGUUCUUAAACCCUGGUUUCAGCAGAGAAGGCUCGCUUCCGACUGUAGUUGAAGAAGAAGCUGAAGAAGAUUCAGAGACGUGA